AUGCCUUUAAAAUUUGUUAAAAUUAGCUACGAAACUUGGUUAUCCUAUAAAGCGGCAAACAUUACAAUUCGUGGCGUCUCCGGGAACUCAUGUACACCAAUUGGUGAAAUUACGGCUAGCAUAAAAUCCAGAUUAAACGAGUUUAAAGCCAGUCUUCAGUUUUUUAUAAUGCAGAACGUGGCAGGUACACUACCUACAGUAUAUCCCGAAGAAAACAUAAUGAAGGUGAUUAACAGCAAAGAAUACGCAGAUCCGGAUGUAUGUUCAACGCGGAAAAUCGAUAUGAUUGUGGGAACUCAAGUGUUCUUUCGACUUCUAUGUGUUGGACAAAUUAGACCCGCAGGCACUGAUGCCAUUUGGUAA